AUGUUGAGCCACUGGUUAAAGAUCGUCUGCAUCGUUGGCUGCUUUGGUGGUGCCUUAUCAUUGUACGCUCCCAUUGCUGUAGGUGCCAAUGGACUAGUGGUAAUUGGUCGAAUUGCGCAACAAACCGCUACCGUGCUCACCACCUACAAUAAUACGCUAAAUACAGCCCGCUCUCAGAUAUUCGUGAGGUUAAACGACUUGAUGGGCUGGGUUAACGUAACUUACACAGCUUUGAACAAGACCUGGGGUGCAAAUCAAACCAAUCUUCGGGACUUCGUUGAGAAUCUAAAGGAGUUCAAUACAACUGUGGGAUACGGAGAAUCUAACAUCGUCUGGACCAUUGGAUAUGAUUUGGGAUAUCUUGUCCAGGCCUUAGACCGCGGACUCGAUCCUAUUUUGCAGUACUACAGAAUGUUAUUGGAGCAGAUGGCCUAUACGGCUAAUGUUGAUAACUGUACGCUUCGAAAUGCCAGUCAAAUGGCCGAUGUUCCGAAUCGUUUGUUCAAAUUGGCACAGUGUCUUCAGAUGGAAUCAAACGCAGUUACAGCGGCACUUCCCGCCGUACUAAACAUGAUAUCCGUUGUAAAGCUUGAUUUUGUUUCGUUGGUCGAUCAGUUGAAAUCCUGUCAUCCAUUGGCAACCGAUUGUCAAAAUUGGUAUUUUGAUGAGAUAUAUUCCGAGCACAGUGCUGGCAUGCAGAUGCUAAGCUUAGUGAUGCAGUUUAUUUCUUCAGCUUUCUAUGAUGCCUUCAACCGCAACCAAUUUUGUUCUACACUAGUGGAACACGAUAUUCAGGAGACUUUGCAUAAUCUUCAAAAUACAUUCUCCCUGUGCACCUCGCCACCGUGGCCGUGA